CCUCUAGUCCAUACAGGAUGGCCCAUACUAGAAUCCCAACCCAAACCUCUAGUCAACUCAGUACAGCCUACACUAGCAUCUCAACCCAAACCUCUAGUCCACCCAGUACAGCUCACACUAGAAUCCCAGCCCAAACCUCUGGUCCAGUCAGGACAUCUCACACUAGAAUCUCAGUGUAAGGGUUCAUUCACACUACAAGGAUAG